AUGAAGAGACACGAUUGUGGUGGAAGUACCGUUGAGGAUGUGUUUAUCGGGUGCAUCUCCGAGGCAGCACUGCGUGUGGUCUCGCCGCAGAUUAUCAUGCAGGCUGUCAAGUUGUGGCUCACUCAGCAGUCAGUCCUCAAGUCUAUAAACCCGGAGGGCUUCUUUGCGCAGCCGGACACAUUCGGCUGGUCUGCCGCGCCGGAGUUUCUGCGCUACUGGGGCCCCCUUGUGGCUCAGAAGUUCAACAAGUUUGCUGCGAGUGAAUACGCCUUCCUUCACCCGCCCUCCCAUGUGGGCACAGGCUGCCUAACAAGCAAGACCGCCACCUUGCUCAGCCUCGAUCAUCUGCAGAACACCUUUCAUCAACAACUGCAGGACCUCGCCUCAACGGGCGCGAUGCUGCCGUGGCAAUGGACCUACAAAGAGGCCGCACUCGAGAUCUUCCUGGCCCUCAUCUUUGUGCUAAUCUAUCACAGUCAACCAGCGAUCGCCGUCCGCGCCGUAGAGCCGGUGUUCUUGUCUAUCCUGACACACAAAGAUGAGAACUUCAUGGCGAUGCCACAGUUGCUCUCCUACUUUCUUCCGCACACGUCCUUCCAGGGCAUCCCCUUUGAGGAGCGUGUUGCCAUACUGGCGGAUCAGCUCAUCCUUCGAGGCUUUCAGUUCUCUGUGGAACUCACCUACGCAAACACGGUGGCGGCUGCCGCUGGCAGGGUGGAGAUGUGCAGCACCGAGCUCGUCCCGAUGAGCGUGCGCGAGGUCGUGCAGCGGGUGCGCGAUAUCUCGUCUGCCUCCAACACGGCGUCGGUACGCAUCCGAAGUUUUAUCAAGCGCAUCGACGGCGAGACAAGCGAGGUGGAGGGCCUGACGCUCAGCAAGUACAUCAGCCUCGUCCUGCAAGAGUGCCGCGGCUUCUAUCUGCGGUGCAGGCAAGCGUCCAAGUGUCGUGUUCAGUGGGGCGAAGCGCUGCAGGAACUCCAGCCAGUGGAUGUGUGCUUAGUGAUGCGGCGGUUGAAGAAGAUGCUGCGCUUCGGUUCGCCCUACUACGAACACUUUGUUCGAAAGGGUGUCUGGGCACACAUCCUGUGCAGCGACGGAUGGGUGCCGCUGCAGCUCAUUGAGGAAGAGCUGGCAGCGGACACGACCACCCCCGUGGCGAAGCUGCCGUCGAAGGAGAAGCUGAAGAUUGUGGAGUCGCUACUGUGCCAGCACGAUAACUUCCAGCGAUUCGAGGUGGGCUACUGCCUUCUUCGGCGUAGUCCAUUCAACGGACAACGAUGCGCCCGCAGCUUGUACGCGCACGAGAUUCGAAGCCCCCUGCUUUAUCGCCAAAUCAUUUGCCAGCGGGAGCGUCUCGUGCAGCCCGACGACGCCACGGCGGUGAGCAACCUCCCGCUCUUCGGUUGGGUGGCUCUCCCGCAGCACCCCAGCAAGGUGCUCGGCGUACAUCCGAGUCUCUUCCCCCUCUUCGACAACAUUCCUUUCUUUGUUGCAAUGCCCGCGGAGGCCAUUGGCAUGUUCCGUGACUACGAAGAGCGCACCCCAAAGGCUAAGAAGUACGAUGAGAAGCUGCGCAAGCCGCAUCUGUGGUUUGCUGAGGUGUACCUGCGCGCCAUUGCACGGGACGGCCAGGUAAUGACAGGCGAGGCAGACGGUGGGCCGGCUUCAUCACCCUUGUCCUCCUCUGUUAUGGGCACGCGUUCCACUAGCCUCUCCAGCAUAAUCAGCGCCACCUCGUGGGCAGUGGAAGAAGGGUCCCACGACUGCGACACCGCCCAAUCGGCCACGUGCACAGAGGUCUACACGAGGGUGGGAGGUACGUCGAAUCCCGCGACGCAGCGGUGGUAUGUAUUUCCGCAGUACUACGUGAAGUGGCUCACCAAGGCAACGGCAAAGUCUUCUCCCAGCCAUUGUAAGGCAACAGACACGACAGCGACUGCUACGGAUGAAUUGUCGAGCCAGCCAGCUACGGGCCAGUGCGACGACUUGACGGUCUACCGUCAAGUUGUUGGCCGCUACCCAGGUGUCCUCGGCUUGCCGAAGCUCUUCUUCACGGGUCGAAUUGCCGAACUGCGGGAGUCGACAUCCACCGAGAUACGCUGCCACGCUGCCUCGCACGACGGCGAAGGCACAGCCAAAGUUGGUGCUGCACGCCGCACAGUUACCGGCGCAUGUGGGGCGGAGAAGGCAGGCGCGAAAAGCCUCGAGCACAAUGAUGCAGCCCCAGAGUGCAGCGAUGCGGUAGACGAGGGGCGUGACAAGAACUGGAAUAGAGAGAAACUCCAAGCCCGGCAGGGCCCCCACCGCCGCCGCGGAACGCCUCAGGAGUUCUGCGCCACUGUGGAGGAUAUUGAUUGCUCCAAUGGGGUCGCCCUCGCCACGGCUGACAGUGCCAUGUGUGGAGAGGAGAAAGAGAUGAAGCGCCAGACUGUUCUGUGGAAGUACACCAUCGCAACGUACCACGCCUCCUCAUCGCUGCUGCCAAGUGUGGUUGUGCGCAUGUGUUGUAGGGAUACCGCUGCCACAGACGCCACGGCCAUGAUCGGUCUCUCUUCGAUGGAGGUCGCCUCGGCGUACUACUGCAGGUGCUUUCCGCCAUCGCGCAUUCAGUCUAUCUUUACCGACUACGUUGCCGAGAUCAUGGCGGAGGUCAUUGUGGGCACAGAGGAUGACAAGAAGGACGCACAGCACAACGGUACAACCGCAGCAGCACAUCAGCAAAAGAAUGGGAGGCUGAAUAAUAAAGUGUCUACCUUGCCCCCUCGCAACAAGGAGCUUGAGUUGCUACCUUCUGCGUCAUAUACCGCGGCGGUCAGUGAAGGCGAGUUUGCUGAGAAAGUCUUCAACGUCGCAUCUCUUCUGAACACACUGAACGCCUUCAUCGCCAGCAACGAACUUUCCUGUGUGGUGAGCGUGCGGGUUCGUACAGCGGCAGGUCUUUCAUUGAAUCAGUGCCGACAGGGCAUCAACAAACUGAAGGCAUUUGCUCGUGGGAUGGGGCUGCAGUACGUGCUGCUUGCGAAGUGCUCCUCGCGGGGAACCGCCGCCUCUGACUGUGGCAGGAAUGCCGGUGGCAGCGACCACGAAGAGGUGCUGGACGUAGAGCAGUACGAAUUUCGGAAGCGUGUCACGUGGAGCGUUCGUGAACUGGAGCACAUCCUGCACGAGUUGCACCUGCAGUCCAUCGACAUCCCGGCUGCCACUCUCGCCAAGGCCCUCACGCGCGAAUGCGAGGACAAAAGCUUCAAUUACGAGCUGCUCGAGUUCAUCGGAGACGCCGUCAUGGACUUUUUGGUGGUGUCAGAUGCCUGCCUGUUGUCGAACGCGGCGCGCCAGCGCGGCAUAUCUUCCGAUACGCCGUCCGCGCCAACGCCCUUGUCGCCUCGGACAGCAGCACCGCAGGGCAAGUGGGAGCCGACAGCCUGGCCUUUGCCGCUGCCGCAGUACUGUUGGCUUGACGCGGGCGUGCCCCUGUCAUCGGUCAUGGAAAACACUGUCAACGCGACGGUGUGCCGCAACAUUGUCAUUGCAGGGCUGCUGCCUCCCACUGCCUCACGGCACUUCAACGACAAGCACUACCCGCACCUGACAUUCAAGGUGCGGGCGGAUGUCUUUGAGGCCAUCUUGGGCGCCGCCUACCGCAGCGGCCUCGGCCUCGACCGCAUUCGGGUGCUGUUGCGGCGGCUAUUUUCGUUUCUUCCAGCCGCCGCCAGGAUGGCACGGGCAGCCCACUCAGAGAGCGCCAAUGCGCUUUCUCAGGCACUGCUCAGCUGCCCUUACUUGCUCGAGGACGACGCGCUGAGGGUGGAGCAGCUCUUUAGCUACCGCAUCACACAGCUCUUCGAGCAGGCGCCGCGGCUGCUGGAGGGGGCGGUCAGCAGCGACAACGCCCGCGCUAGAGGAACACGCUUCAGCACUCAUCUUGCCUCCUCAACCCUGCCUCGCAUUCAAGGAAAGGGGUUUGCGUCGAUGUUUACGACCGGAUCGCCCAUGUACUCGUAUCGCCGGCUGCACUUCCUCGAUACGGCCCGCCUGCACAACCGCAUUCUUCACCUUUUCAGUGAGCGUAGCAUUGGCUACGUGAACGAGAUCAUUACGAACAUAACCCACCUCGUACUUGACCUAGAUAAGGUGAGCCCGCACUCGUGGGGCCUGCUCAGCAUCAUCUGGGACUGGUACCAGCAGUACUACCGCUGCCCGGCCGCUGCCUUUGCGCUUGAUUCUAGCGGUGUGUCCGUAGUAAACGGCAAGUGGAAGGACUCUUGCCACGUGCACUUCCCUCAAGUGACGGUGAGCAUCGACACGUGGGCCUCGCUGGUCGAGCAUAUACGUGCAGCAGUCGUCAUUCAUCUGGCAGAGAAGGAGGCGCGGCUGCGCAACUUUCUCGUGGCACACACUGCGGACUACCGCAUCUGGCUGCACCGCAAGGCACUCGUGCAGGCCGUCCACGCCGCAGGGGGCCAGCCGCGACCGCACAUGUGGGACUAUUGCGAUGCCGCAUCGCUGCUGGUGCUCAGCUGCACCUCUCGUGCUGUGCGGCUGUCCAUCUUCGAGCAUGUUGCGUAUGUGUCACGGACGUUGCCCGGGCUGGCAUCCUUUGCCGAAGUGUCCAGCUGCGCGGAUGUCUUUUAUGGGGACUGGAAGGAAAAUGAGGACAUGGUCGUCCUCGAGCGCCACCGCGGUGCGCCGUGGCAUCGCCUCAUCGUACCACUGCAAUGGGCAAAGUUGUACUUCGCGGCGAGCAGCAGCAGCGAGACCGCACCGGUGGUCUACAAGCCGGAGGAUUUCUGGAAGGAGGCCAUUGAUGAGGGCCUCAUCAAGAGCAAGAAGCUGCGGUUGUACCUGAACGACAAGUGUGACAUCAAGUACGGUACCGAGAAGCGACCCCUCGUCCUCGACACCCUUCUCGUUGUCUCAUCUCACAAGGAACAUCUGAAGCAGCAGCGCCGAGCCCAGCGCGAGGCCAGCAGUCCUCCUGCUGAUCUAAUGAAGGGGAAGGGAAAGAAGAAGGAAGCUGGGGGAGUCGUGACCGUCCCGGAGACCCACACACGACCCGCGGGUGCGGUGGCGGACUGGCUUCGUCGAUGGCCCAACGAGGGAGCGGUGCAGUACCACCCACAGCGCCACAACCAACCCUUGAUGCAAACUACCAAGGCGUCUUGUACGCGCCGCAGUCGCCUUGACGACACUCGCAAAGAGGUACAGCGCCGCAUUCGAUGCGUACAACAUGAGCGGGCUGUCGAGAGUGGCGCAGUACCACGCUGUGCUUCCCCGCCAUCACCGCCACAACGCUGGAUCCAGCCGAUCAAGUGGGACUAUGAAGGCCCGUACGACGACCCCGCCGAGGGCUGGAUAGUAGAGUGCGCGCACAGCUCCACAUUGACACUCUCUUCGCUGCGCACCUGCGAGUAUCGUGGCACAGACCAGAAAAUGUACACCUCGUGGGUCGACUGCGCGCCGGUAAUGGACCCAGUCCACGGAGAGCAGGCAGCGCCCCCCGCACCGCUCUUCGCGAAGGAAGGGACUAACGACAUCUUAGCGUCAUUCGAGGAUGUCUACGAGCAUCGUGUGGACCUUCCAGACCGAUUAAAGUGCACGUCAUGGUCGACAUGGAUUAACGCAUGCGUGCUGCGUGCGCCACACACACCCUUCAAGGCUGGUUCCAAGGUAAACGCGUGGUCACCGGCGUGGUGGGACUUUGACCCGCAGCACAGCGUUACAACGUUGUACGUGGCGACUGAGCCGAUCCUGCGCCUCACAGGUACCGACUCGUUGGCCGCCGCACUCGCACCGCCGUCAACCGUUUGCGGCGGCGGCGGGAUGGAGCGUUUCGCUCAGCUCUUCAUACCACAGAUCUCUUACGCUAACGUGCCACCGGUCAAGCUGAGCACCGCCGCCUACGGCCCCAACGUAUUUCCCUUGUUCCCAGAUAUGUCAGUGAAAAGGAUCGAAGCGCCAGCAAAGAGGUCGGCGAACAAGGCGGUUACGUUCCCCGGCGUGGCUGAGAUGGGCUCCACUUCUUCGGCACCACCCAGCGUACCAGCGGCGGUAGCGUGCGGCACGUGGUCCAGAGACUUCUUCUCACCCGUACCUAAGAUUGUGGCCCUCCCCGCAACCUUGCAGGUACCCGCUGCUGCCGCUGCUACCCUCGCAUCCGCUGACCCAACAGCAUCCCCCGCGUUGGGGUGGGUGAGGCGCGCCAUUCAGUACGUCUUCUCAGCCACUGCUGCCCGCUUAGAGUUCGGUCGCCUUCCCCUUGUCGUGUGUGAGUCGAACAGCGUGUAUGAUCGGGUGCAGGCGGAGAUGUGCACCAGCGGCGCCGCCCGACCACGUCCUUCGCUGCCGUUUGUUCUCUCGCUGCAAGACAUGAAAGGAGUCAGGUUCUUUGUGAAGACAAUGUGCUCCGAUGGAAAUAGGGGACUACAGGCUCUGCGUCACAUCUUUGUAGUCGUCGACUCUGACAUCAACAGCGCAGCCGUGACCCCAGCGUCGGUAGCGCUCAUGGGACGCCUUCAAACCCUGUGGAAGAUCUUACGACUGUCUGUUGUAACCCACACCAACGAAUGCCCGCUGUUUUACGUGAGCAGCGAUGCCAUACGUGAGCAGUGGCACCGUGCGCUGAACCCGUUAAGCCAAGUUUUGUAA